AUGGCUCGUCGCAUGAACAAGUCACUCUACCUGGCAGAUUACGUCUACGAGAUUGAAGAGGACUUUGGCAUCAAUGGAACACCGGCAUCAUGGGCACCUCCCACUGAUGGCAAACCAGCCCACCGCUUCUGGGACGACGAGGACGAAAAGAUCGAACUGCACUUGUUCGAUGGCGAGCAAACGUCUACGAGUAGUAUCGACAAGUUCGCUACCAGCCAUGAUGGCAAAUUAGUUGCCGGCUCGAAUGGCUCGAUCGUUAGUAUCUUCAAUAUCGAGUCUAGGAAACAUUGCAUGCAGUUCAGAGGACUUACACUUCCCUGCGCUAAGCUCAUGUUCAGUCCGCAAUUGACCGAAUCUGGAGGAUACACUCUGGUCAUGGUGAGCUCCAACAGGAGCCAACGGGACUCAAUCACAUUUUUCUUGGAGCUGGAUGAGAGCGGGCACGCGAUUCACGAGCCUGCUGUCAUAGAUUUCGACGGCCUAUUACAGCGAUCUCUGGAGCCUGUUCUAUCCGAGUUGAAUGACUGUUUUGGUGUUACCUCGACGUCUUCAUUACUUGAGCCCCUCAGAGAAGGCUACAGCAAGGCACUGGACAACUUGAGCGCUGGCCUCGAAUCUGGACAUCUAACUCGUGUAGCUGGUCGUCCAAGCAGCUUUAGCUCUAGUCCAUUCAGCACGGACGGGCGGCUAUUCCUCUACAUUAUUCAAAACGAGAGCACGCAAUCUGGUCCUCGUCCACCAGCCGAUCUGCCUAAGGUCAUCGUCUAUGAUGUGGCAAAUAAUUGUCAGAAGUACGUGCUUGAAGGUCACGAGGAUGCCAUAAUGUGGACUGCCUUCAGUCCAGAUAGUCAGCACAUCGCUACAGCCGCUUGGGAUGGCACGUUCAGGAUCUUCAGUGCAUCGACUGGAGAUUGCAAGCACGUCAUUGGACCAACAGGAGGGCAAUGCUGGGCCGGAGCGUGGUCGCCGGACUCGAAGUAUGUCGUUCUUUGCGGAAUGGCCAACCAAGAGACGCGAUCCGAGACGUUUGUAGCUGUUUACUCAGUCGAGACAGCACAGCAGGUCAAUCGAUUCAGGAAUGAUCAGCUUAGACACUGGGUCAGACAAGUGGUGUGGUCGGCAAGAGGAGAAAUUGCCAUGGUACACGAGAGCAACAACGUAUGGGUGUGGGAGCCUUUUUCAAACAGGACGAUCAGCAGUUUCAAAAUCAAGGUGGAUGAUUUCAAGGAGAGACAUGCUGCUGUGAGGGAUGUUCAGUGGGUGCAUGGAGGGGAUAUACUGGUUGCUCGCGCAGGCGAUGACACGAUCGAGGUCUGGGAUCGAGUUAAGAACAUCAAGUGGCGUGUACAAAGACCUAAUGGGACUGGAAGAGAGCGAGAUAUAGUAAUCUAUCGCUGGGUGGAAGAGGGCAGGACUUUGAGGACGUUCAGUUGCGACGGAUUCAUGAGGGCGUACUCGCUGUCAUAA